CAUUUAGAUAGGACGCCAAUUACUCUAGAUAUUCGGUUGUUACGAUUGUUGACGCAUUGUCUCUUGGCUACUUGGAGAUACAGGGUACUGUAGAAGGACGUGAGAUAACAGAUUAGUGCGACAGUAUCAUUUGAUCCUCAAUGUGAAAAACAUCUCCGCUGAAGAAGCGCUGUUGGUUUGAGUAAUUGAUUCAAUCGAAUGAGUUCUCGUCGGUGAUUGCGGGUGACGAGUGCAGUGCUACGUGAAUUCAGAGAUUUCAAAGUGUCUGUUAUAUAUUUUGUUUCAUUGGUGAUGUUGAUCUCGGAGUUUGAUAUUCGAUGAUUACGGAUUAAUCGACGUAUGUUCAAAAUGUUCAAGUUCAACUAUUACGUAGUUCUGGUGUUGCUUUUCACUAAAAGCAACAAUGGCAAAGAAAUGACGGAUAUCGAAGCUUUGGCGUCACUACCGACGCGAUGUACCUAUGAAUACGCUUACGAAAUGUAUGGCGCCCACUGUGCAGGGCUACGACUCUCAAAGAUACCAAGCCUAAGAGGAGGAAUUGAGAUUCUAGAUUUCAGCGACAAUAAGUUGCAGGAAUUACACGCGGACACUUUGUCGUCAUACACAAGUAUAAAAUACUUGUACCUGGCUGAGAACCAAAUCUAUUCGAUAGAUAAAGACGCAUUCACGUAUUUAACAUAUCUACAAACUCUCGAUCUAUCUAAAAAUGUAAUAUUGGAAUUAUCAGAUUCAAUAUUCCAAUUGCCUUCAUUAAGAAAGUUAUAUCUUAAUGGAAAUCCACUGUUGCAUUUGAGCUUAAACGGAAUGGAAAUAACUAAACCUAUCAAGGCACCGUUGGAGCUGCUGGAUCUGUCAGAUUGCAAAAUUAAAACUUUGCCAGAUUUUGGAGUCCUUCCCCAGCUGCUUCUAUACAAUAUUUCCCAUAAUCCUCUGAUUUCGUUCGAUCCAAGUCCAUUCAGCUCUAUGUGCAAGCUAGCAAAGGUAGACGUAACGGAGUCUUUGGACAAAAUAAAAGUUUGCGACAUGAAGCUAACAAUAAUGUGGUUCCAAGAAAAGAGAGUUUACUUCCAGUUGGGUGAUUACACGAGACUUAAUUCUAGAGAAUACGAAAACUGUCGAAAAAUGGAGUUACCGGAGAGCUUAAACAUUAGCUAUCAUAACUGCAGGAUGGCUUACACUGAGAUUCAAAGUAUACAGACAUCGCGAAAAACUUGGCUGACGAUAGGGGGCGGUCUUGCCGGCUUCCUCGUGGGCUUUGUUCUCCUCUUGUACAUUAUGCACCGUCAUAAUGUUGCACAGACAAAAAAAACAACCAAAGAAGUAAAAAAAGUACCGCCGACUGAAAAUUCUACAGCAACUGAAGUGCUUCUCAAUGAUGUCGCUUAGUUCAUGAGAACUUUUAUCACAGCCACCAUUUUACUUUUAUUGCAUGUAGUUUUAAGUAAACAUUAUUUUUAUAAUUGUUUUUAAGUCAUUUUAAUGUAAUUGAAUAUAAUUGUAGCGUACCAUAUUUAUGACUGUUGUUGUGAAAAAAAAAUUACGUAUAUAUUUCAUAAUAAUAUAUUAAUCACAUUUUACUAGUCUACAUGAUUAAGCAAUAGAUUUUCCUGGCCAGAUUAUUAAUGUAGUUUUUUAAGUAUCAUCUUAAUUUCGAGAAACUUUGUCAUACUAAAGUUUUUGAAUUGAAGUAAAGAUGUAUAAAUGUGUGAAUGCAAGAACACAACAAACAACAACAAAAUAUCGUAUUUAACCAAAGCUACAAUAUUAUGUACGAGCAAAAUAUGUUUAACGUAGACCUAUAGUCAUUGACCAAUGUAUGUAAUGCAUAAAAAAGUUGCCAUAUUAAAAAUAACUUUCACGAAGACAGUAAGUAGAAAAAAAUAUUAAAAUUAACUAAAUUUAGAAACAAUCAAUACUGAUACUUUUAUUAAGGGGCUUUAAAAGGCUGAUUAGGGGUUACUUUAAUUUAAAUAAAUAACUUAUAUUUUGUAAGAUAAAUACAAUAGUAAAAUUUCCCGAAAAAAAAAGUAUAUUACGAUUUACGAAUCAAUGACUUCCGUUAUUUUAUAUUUUCAAGUUACAGUUAUUUUUAAGUAAAGUAGUCAUUACAUAAGAAAUGAAUAUCUAAAAAUUUUGUGGGCCUUUAAAAGGUAUGUUAAAGACACAAUGUGCUAUUUAUAAUCUUUGACAAUAUAUGUAUACACAAUAAUAUAUUUUAUAAGCAAUGUUGCCAAAGUUAAUGUGUGAUUAGAUUUGUUUUUUUUUUUACUUAUCAGCGCAAAAUAACACCACCAAUUAUAAUUAUGUCUUUAAAAAGAUCAACUAGCUAUUGCACUGUGAUACAAAACUAAUAUUAUUCAAAUUAAAUCUCUUUGGAUACUA